AUGGACGAUUUCCAUGUAGAUGAGGAUUUUAUUAUGGACGAUACUCCUGGAAGUUUCGAUCAUGAAUCUUAUCCGAAUGAUGACGGCAAAGGAGAUAAUUUUAUUGAUUAUGACGCUGGAAUUGAUGAUCACGAUAAAAAUAAAGAUCUCACUUACUGUGAUGAUUAUUCGGUUGAUGAUGAAGGUAAUGAAGAUGACAAUGAUGAAGAAGAGGAGAACGAGGAGUGGAGUCAUGAUGAUGAUGACGUGCACAAUGAUGAUAAUGAUGAAUAUGGCGAAGGGCAAUUUGAAUAUGAUGCCGAAGAUGACGAUGAUGAUGAUGAUGAUAAAGAUGACGGUGAUAAUGACUAUGAUGAUUCGAAUGAUGAUGAUGAUGAUGAUGAUGAUGAUGAUGAUGAUGAUGAUUUGGAUGAUGAUGAGGAGGAGGAGGAGGAGGAAGAAGAGGAGGAUGUUGUUGAGUUUGAUGACGGUGAUGAUUUUCGCGUUUAUUCAACUGAUGAUUUCGACAACGAUGAUUAUAAUAUCGAUCGUAUCGACAAAGAGGUCAACAAUUCACUUGAUGUUGUGGGUACUGGUGACGAUGUAGAUGACUCCGAUGAUAGCAUAUUGGUCGAUGAUCAUUAUGGUGUUGAAGAUGAUGAUGAUGAUGAUGAUGAUGAUGAUGAUGAUGAUGAUGAUGAUGAUGAUGAUGAUGAUGAUGAUGAUGAUGAUGAUGAUGAUGAUGAUGAUGAUGAUGAUGAUGAUGAUGAUGAUGAUGAUGAUGAUGAUGAUGAUGAUGAUGAUGUGUGA